GCGCCGUGGCUGGGCUGCAGCUCCGCUCGUGAUCCUCGUGGGGAUGGUGGAGGCGGCCAGCGCCGAGCUCGUGCGCGGGCAGGCGGCCCCCGACCUCGAGGCCUAUUACGACGACGAGGCGAGCGUGGACAUGAAGGGGUUCUGGCUCGACGGGCCCAUGGACUUCCCCGCGCACGUGGACGCGCUGCCGGCGCCCGCCAGCCCGGGCGACCCUGUCCCCGCGCCGGCUGGGCCACCGAGCGUGCGCUUCGAGGCGCCGCCGGUUCCGGAGUUCCCCAAGCCGCCCACGCCGCCGCACAUGCCCCUCGGGCGGCACUUCAUCGUUCGGGCGAGGGUACAGUGGCCAGAAAGGGCGCAGUGGAUGAUUUUCAAGGGAAGGGCGGCCGACGCCGCCGCGGCCAGCGCAGUUGCUGAUUACCUCGACGGCGCAAUGGCUCUCGAGGUGGAGGACCCGACUGGCGCAACCAUCCGCUUUCUCGUGAAGCCUGACGGCGUCAUCCGUGCGCCUGCCCCGGGACCCUCAGGGCGUCUGCCAGCGGGGUUCAUCGAGGAGAUGCUCCACCACGCGCCCCUGGGUUGCGAGGAGCUCGGCAUCAGCGUCUCGGCGACCAACAUACCCGAGAAAGUCUGGCAUAAGCUAGCGGCGUGGCACGGGCUCCCCGUGGGCGGACGAGCCGGGCCGCUCAGCGGGGCUCGCUGGCGGCUGCUCCGCGAGAAGGUGGCCAGCUUGGUCAGGUGGCGCCCCGAGGGAGGCGUGGCGCCCAGUCCGAGCUUCGAGGCGAGAGCUACAGAAGCGGACGCCAAGUUGCGCAGCCACUGGCAACGGCUUGACCGCAGCAGCUCGCCCAGGCCACCAGCUGGGUCCACGCGCCGUGGCUCGCGCUCCCCGUCAGCCGAGGGCGGGCGGGCGGCAAGCUCUGAGGCACCAGUAUCAGGAGAGAGCCAUCAAGGGGACGACAGCGGGGACAUGAUGGCAUGCUACUUGGAAGAGAAGGCUCGCGGGUCGAGCGACGCGGCGGCGGUGCAGAGCGUGGCCGCCGGCUUCGACGAGGAGGCCCAGCAAGUGCUCGCUAGCCUUGUCCGCUACGCCCAGCACCUCAAGCAGCAGACGACCGAGCCAGAGGAGCUCGCGCGGCUCGAUGGGCACAUCGGCAGCUGGGAGGCACAUCAGCAGGUGCCCUCACGACCCCAGACUCCAGAGGCGGCGCCGAGCAGCAUUCAGGGUCUCCUCAAGCUCCCGCCCGAACGCCACCGCUCGCAGGGGCCGCCGGCCACCCAGGCCGAAAGCGCGCCCCUGUUCGAAGCGCGGCCGCCUCACUCGCCAGCAGCAGCCACGUCAACUUUCGCCUUUGGGCCGCGGGGCGCCGGCCACCCAGCUACCGCGGCUGGGCUGGCCCCGGUCGUCCGCCCACAGGCUCCGAACAUUGGGGCCCUGUUCCGCUACGACCAGCACAUCGGCGACUUGGGCCUACCCCCAG